AUGUGUCUAUUCACAGUAGCCACGGGGGCCUUGGUGCUGCUCAUAGCGACUUCCACCACGCAGGCAGGCCAGGAGCUGCCGCUCUGCGCGCACUGGUACGCCGGCCCCGCCCACGCCUGCCCGCCCACCAACAAGUGCAAGCUGUGGGACGCAAACCGCAACGGCUACGUCAUGCCCACCCUGCUCAACACCACCAACUGUGCCGCAUGCUCCGACGGCAUCGGCCUCGCGCUGCGCUGCCUGCGCUGCAAGCCCGGCUUUGUGCACACCACCCAUGACCACUUCCGACAGGAAUGCCUGCCCGUGGAGCGCCUGGGCUGCCUGGCCACGCGCCCCUACCCAACGAUGCCGCACCCUAAGGCAGUCAUGACUGGUCCCUGCAUCGCCUGCCCACCGACCCACGCCAUGGUGUGGGCAACCAGCAGGGCGCAGGACUUUUACCAGAGCGGCAACGUGGCGGGGGCCGCCCGGAAAGGCGGCGCCGCCGUGGCGGCGGCGGCGGCGGUGACGGCGGCAGCGGCGGCCGUGGCGGCGGCGGCGGCACCGGUGCAGGUGGCAGGCGCCGAGGGGCCCGUGGCCGUGCCAGCCGACUGGCCCUUCCCAGAGAUGAACGAGACCGAUUACGACAACUACCAGGGUGCGCGCACCUGGAGGGCCCAGAGGGUGUGCCUCACCUGCGCCGACCUGGGCUGCCCCGGCGCCUGCACCAACAUCACCGGCUGCACCUCCUGCCCCAGCGGCUCCCUGCUCUUCCUCGGCGCCCCCGUGGGCUCUGCCGACACCUUCCUGGGAGAGUACCGCUGGGGGUGGCUGUACGGCUUCCCCGCCCGCAAGGCGCCCAAGCUGCCAGCCAUGUGCCUGGACCCAGUCAAGAACCUGCGCUGCGCGCCUGGCAAGUGGAACGCCGCGGGCUGCACCGCCUGCCCGGCCGGCAUGCUGCGAGGGGGCUGGGCGGGCAAGAUGCAGCCGUGCCGGUUGGGACGAGGGGGCGGGUGA